AUGCUCCCACUCUCGCUUUCAUCACCACGCUGGCUGGCGACAGCCGUCCUCUUGGGCGCCCGCGUCACCUAUGCGGCCUUCAAGCUCGACACAAUUGAAGACAUCAAAGAAACCGCCGCGACCGUCGCCUGGGACCUCAUGCAAUACUACCACGGCAACGAGUCAGGCCAAACCCCAGGCAUCUUACCUGGACCUCCUCCGGCAGGCGACUACUACUGGUGGGAGGCGGGUGCCAUGUGGGGGACGCUGAUCGAUUACUGGCACUGGACGGGUGACGACUCGUACAACGACGUCAUCACACAAGCUAUGCUCUGGCAGGUCGGCCCAAACCGCGACUACAUGCCCCCGAAUGUGACCGCGUCUUUGGGAAACGAUGAUCAAGGGUUUUGGGGUAUGUCAGCCAUGUUGGCGGCUGAAAAUGGGUUCCCUGAUCCACCAGAGGACGAGCCGCAGUGGUUGGCGCUCGCACAGGCCGUGUUCAAUACCCAGGCAAGUCCGACCCGGCACGAUGAUACUUGUGGAGGGGGCUUGAGAUGGCAGAUUCCUUGGUCGAAUAACGGGUACAAUUACAAGAAUAGCAUCGCCAACGGCUGCUUCUUCAACCUCGGCGCGCGCCUAGCCCGCUACACAGGCAACCAAUCCUACGCAGACUGGGCCGAAAAGACCUGGGACUGGAUGGUCGGUGUCGGCUACAUCGACAAGGAUUACAACAUUUACGACGGCGGACAUGUCGAGCAGAACUGCACCGACAUCAACCGCGCCCAGUUCUCCUACAACAACGCCAUCUUCCUGCUUGGCGCCGCCUAUAUGUACAAUUACACCAACGGCAGCGAUGUAUGGGCAGCGCGCGUGAAUGGGCUGGUUAACUCCACGCUGCGAACUUUCUUUAGGGAUAACGUUGCUUAUGAGGUGGCGUGCGAGGAGCACAUGUCUUGUACGACCGACAUGCUCUCGUUUAAAGGAUAUCUGCACCGCUGGCUGGCGACCGCCACGGAGGUUGCCCCUUUCAUCAGGGACACAGUACUUCCCGUUUUGCGGACCAGCGCCGAGGCUGCCGUGUCGACAUGCACUGGCGAGGAGAACGGUCGCACAUGUGGGUUCCAGUGGGUGAAGAGGCAGUACGACGGGAGUAAGGGCGCCGGGCAGCAGAUGAAUGUGCUGGGCGCGGUGUCGGCGCUGUUGGUGGAGUACAGCAAGCCGCCGCUGACGAACGGCACAGGCGGCACGAGUAAAGGCGAUCCGAUGGCCGGCUCGAGGUCGGAUACGCUCACGCAGGAGGUCAAGCCGCCUACGGGAGGGGAUAAGGCGGGGGCGGCGAUUCUGACGUUCGUGGUGUUGGCUACGACGGUGGGGGCGUUUACUUGGAUGAGUAUGGGCGAAUGA